AGUUGAUAUAUUUGUUUAGUCAUACUCGUUCAAUAUGGCGACCUCCUUUGAGAAAGUGUGCAGCGUUGUUGCAAAUGGUGUUAUUCCUGUUUCCAAAUACAAGUCAAAGAACACGGGAAUGGUAGUGUGCAUUGCAGAAGUUGAAGGCCCGUUGGUGAACGGUUAUUUUUGUUUGGCAACCGAGGCUCAUGAUGAUGACGGGUUACCUCAUACAUUGGAGCAUCUAGUGUUCAUGGGAAGUGAGAAGUAUCCUUUUAAGGGAGUCUUAGACCUUCUAGCUAAUCGUUGUUUAGCACAAGGAACCAAUGCUUGGACUGAUACUGAUCACACUUGUUACACUGUCACCACUGCAGGAAGUCAAGGAUUUCUUAAUUUAUUACCAAUAUACCUGGACCAUGUGCUUUAUCCUACUCUCACAGAUGCUGCGUUUAUCACAGAAGUUCAUCAUAUUAAUGGUGAUGGAGAGGAUGCUGGUGUUGUGUACUGUGAGAUGCAAGGCAGAGAGAAUUCAGGAGAAAGUCUCACUCACCUUGAGAUGCUCAGAGCUAUGUAUCCCGGAAAAUGUGGUUACAAGUCUGAAACUGGUGGUAUUAUGUUGAAUCUGCGUACUAGCACAAACAAUGAAAAAGUAACAAGCUAUCAUAAAGAAUUCUACAGGCCUGAAAAUUUAUGUUUGAUUAUUACUGGUCAAGUCAAACCUGAAGAUGUUUUCAAAGCACUUGAACCAAUUGAAGAGAAAAUUAUUUCCAAGGGGAAACUACCUGAAUACACAAGACCGUGGCAGGCAGCAGUUCCACCACUAGAGGGCAGUGUAACAAAGUUAAUACCCUAUGCAAGUGAUGAUGAAGCCAAUGGAAUGGUUGCUGUUGCAUUUAGAGCACCUCCAUCUAAGGAUUUAUACUCAUCCUCUGCUAAUAUGAUAUUAUUAGAAUAUUUGACGGACACAGCAGUGUCACCUCUUCAACGAGACUUUGUGGAAAUCGAUGACCCAUUCUGUAGCAAGGUUAGGUAUUCCAUUAUAGAGAAUUCAGAAGGGUGUAUGUAUGUCAAAUUUGACAAUGUACCAAAGGAAAAACUGUCUUCAGUUAAAGAUAAAAUGUUGACUGCACUAGCAAAGAUUGCCGAUGGUACAGAGUCUAUUGAUAUGAAACGUAUGAAGAGUGUUAUCCAUAAACAAGUUCUAGAGUCUCUGAAUAACAUGGAGGACAGACCACAUGAUACAUUCGCAUUCAUAAUUAUUGGUCAUGCUCUCUAUGGAGACAGCAUGGAAGAUUUGGAAGGCAGAUUAAAUCAGGUUUCUGAUUUGAAGAAGCUUUCUGAUGAACCAGUUGAAUUCUGGAAAAAGUUUUUAACUACCUAUUACGUCAAGCCACCAUGCAUAACUAUUAUUGGUGAGCCGAACCGAAAACUAAUGGAAGAGAUGGCUGAAACAGAGAAGGCUAGGAUAAGCAAACAGGUGGAAAUGCUUGGAAAAGAUGGUUUAAAACAGAAAGCAGAGUUACUGGAGAAAAGUACUGAGCAAAAUGAGAUUGAACCACCAAGUGAGAUGGUAUGUUGUCUUGAUGUUCCUGAUACAGCAUCUGUGCAAUUUCACCCAAUAACAAGAUACAAUGACUUCACAGAAAUCGCCAGUCAGUGUAAAUACAUGCAACUGGAUAAGAUGCCUUACACUUUUCAACUUGAUGAUAUAAACACUAGUUUUGUCAAGUACAUUGACAGAGAUGCAAAAUUGAUUCCACAUGAUGAAGUAAUCACUGAGUUAUCAUCAGAUACUCUUUCAUCUGAGGCAUCUGUUGGUAUUGAUGGUCAUAGAUUCCGAUGUGGCACAUAUGAUCAGCUUGCUGUACUCAAAAUGAAGGUUGAAUUGGAAAAAUACUCUGCUGGAGUCAAGUGGCUGUAUGAACUGUUAUACAAAACUAAGUUCACAAAAGAACGUUUGAAGAUUGUAUCAACAAAAAUGAUGAAUGAUGUAUCACGAAUGAAGCGAGAUGGUCGUACUGUUGUCACAGCCGUACUCCGAGAUUUGAACUUUCUAGAAGGUAGUAACCACCAUACAUGUAAUAUGAUGAGACAAUAUAAAUUCUUGAACAACCUGCUGGAGACAUUAGAAGCUGAUUCGGAUAAGAUGAAAUCAAACACUGCUGUGUAUGUUCUGGUAUGUUUUCAUGACGUGAUGUCAAGUGCUGUGACAUGUUUUCAUGAUAAAUGGAACGUGAUGUCAAGUGCUGUGACAUGUUUUCAUGAUAAAUGGAACGUGAUGUCAAGUGCUGUGACAUGUUUUCAUGAUAAAUGGAACGUGAUGUCAAGUGCUGUGACAUGUUUUUAUGAUAAAUGGAACGUGAUGUCAAGUGCUGUGACAUGUUUUCAUGAUAAAUGGAAGGUGAUGUCAAGUGCUGUGACAUGUUUUCAUGAUAAAUGGAACGUGAUGUCAAGUGCUGUGACAUGUUUUCAUGAUAAAUGGAACGUGAUGUCAAGUGCUGUGACAUGUUUUCAUGAUAAAUGGAACGUGAUGUCAAGUGCUGUGACAUGUUUUUAUGAUAAAUGGAACGUGAUGUCAAGUGCUGUGACAUGUUUUCAUGAUAAAUGGAACGUGAUGUCAAGUGCUGUGACAUGUUUUCAUGAUAAAUGGAACGUGAUGUCAAGUGCUGUGACAUGUUUUUAUGAUAAAUGGAACGUGAUGUCAAGUGCUGUGACAUGUUUUCAUGAUAAAUGGAACGUGAUGUCAAGUGCUGUGACAUGUUUUUAUAGAAAAGAAAUCAAAUGCAAAAUUGUAUGUUUGCACGCACUGCAAAAUCUAUUGGUUUAA